AUGUCACCCAUCAAGAUCGGUAUAAUCCUCGGAUCCACCCGUACUCGAUCAAACAUCCAGGGAAUCUCAACCUACUUCCAAAACAUACUCUCAACUUCCUACCCCUCACUCGAGGUAGAGACCAUACACUUAUCUUCCUCACCUGGACAUCCUCUGCCAUUCCAACUCGACCAAGCUGUACCUCAAGCUCAUUCGCUUUCGACCCUUCCCGACGCAUACUCUGACUUCGCGGUCCGUCGGUGGUCAUCUACCGUCAUGGAGUGGGACGGCCUGGUAAUCAUUACUCCGCAAUAUAAUUGGGGUUAUCCAUCGAUUUUGAAGAACGCCUUCGAUCACCUGUAUCACGAGUGGACUGGACUGCCUGUAGGAAUUGUCACUCUAGGUGGACAUGGUGGAACCAAAUGUCUUGAACAACUUAAGAUCGUUCUUGGAGGAGGACUUCACGUGGUUAUGGUGCAGAGUGACGUACUGGUACAAUCACCCAGGGAAUUGAUUGUUAGUGAAAAAAGGCUGGGAAGGGAUGAAAGUUUGUUAGGAGCUUAUGAAGAGGGAAUGAGGAGGUUGGUUGAUGAGGUGGUGGAGAGGAUUGAGAAUAGACGAAAAUUGAAAACCGAGGAAUAG